AUGGCGGCCCGGCCCCGCCCCCAGGCUGUAAAGGUAUUUAAUGGCACUUAGGUGCGUUUCAUGGAAUAUCCAGGGGCUUAACUCUCCUCAAAAACGGGGGACUUUGUGUAAAUUCUUAAGAAAAUAAGCUGGAUAUAGCUUUUAUCCAGGAAACCCAUUGGAUCUCUUCUCCUACUAAAAUAUGGCACUUUAAUAACUUUCCGAUAGUAUAGUAUGCCAACCUUGAAGGCAAUCAUAACAAAAGGGGUGUCACUAUCGUUUUAUUGAAAAAUCGCAAAUUUGAAUAUGUUCACUCAGAAAAUGAACUUAACGGUAGAUUCCUGCUCUUAAUUGAUAAGAUACAUCACACGAUAUUCACUCACAUAUAUGCUCCGAAUGACAUUUCAUUGGGUUUUCUGGAAGAUUGUAUUUCCAAAAUUGAAAAAAGUGUGGAAACUUAAUUAUUGGUGGUGAUUUUAAUUGUGUUCCCAACUUAAAACCAGACAAAAACUAAAAUAAUAAAGACUGGAUUUUAAAAAUUAAAACUUCCACCCCCAGGACAAAUAGAGUUGGAUAAUCUACUAGUUGAUGAAAAAUGACAAUGAAGGGGGAAGUUAUCAUCAUAGGUGACUUGAAUCUUCCUGAUGUGAAUUGGAAACCCAAAUAGCUGCUUGUGCCAGGAGCCACACAUAUUCUAAACUCCCUACUGAGAUUGUCUCUAAAACAAGUCAUUGAGGAGCCAACUCGUAAGGAGGCCAUACUAGAUUUAGUGUUAACAAAUGGAGAUUUGGUAUCAGAUAUUACUGUAGGUGAAAGUUUCGGAUCCAGUGAUCAUCGGUCAAUUUGGUUUACUAUAAGAACAGUGACUGAGUCACACGAAACAAAAAACAAACAUUUUAGACUUUAGAAAAACAGACUUUUCUAAAAUUAGAAUACGUGUAAAGGAGUCAUUAUCAGACAGGAGCAAUUUAAAUGGAGUCCAAGAAAUUGGAUUAUUUAAAAGUUGCACUGCUGAAGGCAACAGAAAAUUGCCUUAGGCUUGUCAGUAAAAGCAAAAAAUUAAAAAAACCACUGUGGUACUCUGCAGAUGUGGCCAAAAUAGUAAAGUAAAAUGUUAGCAUUUAGUAAUUAUAAAAAAACAAAACAGAGUGAUAAAGACAGAAUGAUAGGCAGUCGCUGAGUGACAGGCAACAGAAGGUUGUAGUCAAUGGAGUAUAUUGGAAGCAUGGGCUUGUCACCAGUGGGGUACCUCAGGGAUCUGUGCUUGGACCCAUUCUCUUUAAUAUUUUUAUUAGUGAUAUUGCAGAAGGUCUUGAUGGUAAGGUAUGUCUUUUUGCUGAUGAUACUAAGAUAUGUAACAGGCUUAUUGUUCCAGGAUAGAUAAACCAAAUGGCAAAUGAUUUAGGUAAACUAGAAAAGUGGUCAGAGUUGUGGAAACUAAUAGAGAUCCAGGCACUCCUUGGUUCAAGACAGGCACUUUAUUAGGAACCACAAGAGCAACCUUUUGACCCCAAAAGGUCUUUGUCAAGCUGAUACAUACAUCAAUUUUACAAUAUAUAUAACAAACUUUAAACAAUCACAAUUAUAUAAUACACAUGUGAAUCAGUAUCCCAAGCAAGUAGUUUAACAGGUGAAAGUAGUAUACUACUUAUCAACAAUACUUUGUUAAUUACAUUAAUUAGAAAGAGAGUCUAAUACUUAAUUGCCAAUAAUGAACGAGCUUUGAAAUACUUAUUAAUUUGUUUAUACUGAAAAAAAUGAAUACAUUAUUUUUAUAUGGAUACUGACAUAACAUCCAAGUGUAUAUAGGACAUAAAAUACACAUAUACAACAUAAAUACAGUACAAAGAUAAGACCAGAAUAUACAAGUACAGAAAUUUCCAUUAUCGAUUAGAAAUCCUUGAUCAAAAUCACAAAGUAUUAAUAUUAAGUAUCCUUACCACAUAAAACAGUUCACGUUCAAAGAGUUUUCAUAUAUAGAAGAAAGUGUGUAUAAAGAGAUGGCCUUAAGUAGGUUAUUUCCAUUAUCAAUUAAAGAUCCUUGAUCAAGAUCACAGAGUAUUAAUAUAAAGAAUCCUUGACACAUAAGCUGUUAAGGAUCCUUGCUUAGGAUACUGAUUCGCAUGUGUAUUUUAUAAUUGUGAUUGUUUAAAGUUUGUUAUAUAUAUUGUAAAAUUGAUAUAUGUAUCAGCUUGAUAAAGACCUUUUGGGGUCGAAACUUUGCUGCUGUGGUUCCUAAUAAAGUGCCUGUCUUGAACCAAGGAGUGCCUGGACCUCUAUUACUUUACUAAUGUUUGGAAAUCUGGUGUUUGAUUCCGGAUCAGCAAGCACCCUGGCUCAAAUUUGUGGGAGUGAGUGCAGUUCCACAUAUACUAUUCAAGAGUUGUGGAAACUGACAUUUAAUGUGGAUAAGUGCAAGAUAAUGCAUCUUGGACGUAAAAACCCAAGGGCAGAGUACAGAAUAUUUGAUAGAGUCCUAACCUCAACAUAUGAGGAAAGGGAUUUAGGGGUGAUUAUUUCUGAUGACUUAAAGGUAGGCAGACAAUGUAACAGAGCAGCAGGAAAUGCUAGCAGAAUGCUUGGUUGUAUAGGGAGAGGUAUUAGCAGUAGAAAGAGGGAAGUGCUCAUGCCAUUGUACAGAACACUGGUGAGACCUCACUUGGAGUAUUGUACACAGUACUGGAGACCGUAUCUUCAGAAGGAUAUUGAUACCUUAGAGAGGGUUCAGAGAAGGGCUACUAAACUGGUUCAUGGAUUGCGGGAUAAAACCUACCAGGAACGGUUAAUGGAACUUGACAUGUAUAGCUUGGCGGAAAGACGAGACAGGGGGGAUAUGAUAGAAUCAUUUAAAUACAUAAAGGGAACCAAUACAGUAAAGGAGGAGACUAUAUAUUUAAAAGAAGAAAAACUACCACAACAAGAGGACAUAGUCUUAAAUUAGAGGGGCAAAGGUUUAAAAAUAAUAUCCAGAAGUAUUACUUUACUGAGUGGUAGAGGUUAACACAGUAAAGGAGUUUAAGCAUGCGUGGGAUAGGCAUAAGGCUAUCCUAACUAUAAAAUAAUGCCAGGGACUAAUGAAAGUAUUUAGUAAAUUGGGCCGACUAGAUGGUCCGAAUGGUUCUUAUCUGCCGUCACAUUCUAUGUUUCUAAUACAUUUAGUGAAUUUAUGCUGAAACAUUCAUUAUACGAUUGUUGGAGUAUUUUUAACCCAGGCUCAAGAGACUAUACUUCUUUUUCCCAUUUUCAUCAGUCAUACUCCCGUGUCGAUUUUUUUUUUUUUUAGUUGUUGACCCCAGGAUUGGUUGAAUUAUCGUGUCAGAUCAUGCCCACGUAUUUAUAACACUUUAACCCCCAUAUUGUUUUAAAAUUAGAAAUAGAUGGAGACUAAAUGACAGCCUAUUUUUAAUAGAGAAGGUAAACUCUGAAUUAGUUACAGAACUCGAUCACUUUAUUAAAACCAAUGAUAAUGGGGAGGUUUCUAAAUCCACAGUUUAGUGCACUUUAAAAAGCUUUGCUAGAGGGGUCCUAAUAAAAGCAGGUGCGAGACAAAAGAAAAUAUUUCUAAUCUAUAUACUAAGUUGGCUAAACUAGAAAGAGUAACUAAGGCUCAAAUAAUCCAAAUUAUUACAAAUGAAAUCUCAUCUCUGAAACAGGCUAUCAAUAAAAAAAAUCUUGGAUGAGCUGAAUAAGUAUAUUAUAUUCCUUAAACAAAAAUGGUAUCACAAUAACAAAAAAAGUUAGUAAAGUGCUUACGAACAAACUGAAAAACACUUCUAUGGAUAAAGCUAUCAAAAAAAUAAUAGUAGGGGAUGAGUGUUUUUUUUUUAAGCCCCAAGGUAAUAUCCUAGGUUUUUGUAGAUACAUAUACUGCUUCAUAUAAUUUACCAGACAGAUUCCAUGGUUACAAAUUUGGAAAUGGAUGCAAUUUUUAAUAAAUGGUCUAUCCCGGUGAUACCUCUAGUAAAACCUAACAAACACCCAUAACCAAUACGGAAAUAUUUAACUUCAUAAAACCUUAAAUCCAAUAAAGCUCCAGGACCAGAUGGCUUUUCAGCGAUGUUUUAUAAAACAUUUGCAGACAUCUUGGUCUCAAAUUAUUGAAAGUAUUCCAUAAAGUCUCUACUACCAAUCCCUUUCCUAAGGAGAUGUUAGCCUCUAUUAUUCCGAUUCCUAAACUAGGUAAGGAUCCAACAAAUACAUUAAAUUAGAGCCCGAUUUCUUUAAUAAAUUUGGAUAUUAAAAUGUUUUCCCAUAUCCUAGCUAAUAGAAUGAAACUGGUUAUUCACGAUUUAAUGUCGGUCGAUCUGUCUGGCUUCAUCAACGGAUAACAUGCGCAAAAUACUUAAUUUGACAUUUCCACUUAGGGGUGUAUUCACUUUUGUUGCCAAAGGCUUAGGCAUUAAUGGCUGUGUGCUGAAUAACUUUGAGUCGACAGCAAAUUUACACUGUUAUACAGGCUGUACACUUACUACUUUACAUUGUAGCAGAGUGUCAUUACUUCAGUGUUGUCACAUGAAAAGAUAUAAUAAAAUAUUUACAAAAAUGUGAGGGGUGUACUCACUUUUGUGAGAUACUGUACAUGUAUGAAAGAGACUUGUCUUGCUUUUUUGCUGUCAAGAUUUAUUUUAUUACCGAAGACAUUAGGUAAGAAGUCUGAUUGGAAAAAGCUCAAAUUGUGUGAGGGCACAUUGCAAUUGGACAUCUUUAAGAACCAUUGGGCAAUGCUUUUGAAUGAACACUCUAAAGUUGCAAAUGUAUGUAUGUAUGUAUGUAUGUAUUCAUAUCUUUAUAUAUUGAUAUAGAUUACGUUAAAAUGUUCCUGCCUUUUAGGUUCAGGCCACCCCCAUAGAAAAUUAAAUGACAUUAUAUCCAGCACCAUCCCAAUGUUGCUGAGGUGAGCACUCCUCUGUGUAAUACCAUUUAGACAGAUGAUCUUGGCCACUUAAAUGCCUCUCUGUACAGAAUCAUUGAUGGUUCUGGUGUGCAUGCAAGACAAAGGCUCUACAGUGAAGCAAGACAACUGCCUUGCUGCACUAAUAGAAUUCCAUGAGACUUAAUUGUUUUUGACCUCCUCAUGAUGCCAAAACGGAAGACUGUAGAUUUGUGGGUCUACCUAUAAAGUGGGUAGAACCAUCCCUGACAUACCCACCCUCAAGGUAGACCAUGCACGGAAUGCAGCUAAAUUGCUCAGUGCAUGUGCAUGUACUUAGUGCCUUGUACCCUCCUGCAUCAUAUGAUCUACCUGGUAGAUUUGAGGAUGCAGGACAUGUCUCCAGGACCUAUUCAUUUUUUUUAUCCUGGAACAGGAGCCCAAAAUGUAGGAUUGCACAGGCAAUAUUAGGACUGUUGGCACUCUUUCCUGUGCUGAAAAUCUACCUGGGAUACUCUUAAUGCAUAUCUAGUCUGUUCAAUAAACAAAAAGAAUUAGAGGGGCAAAGGUUUAAAAAUAAUAUCCAGAAGUAUUACUUUACUGAGUGGUAGAGGUUAACACAGUAAAGGAGUUUAAGCAUGCGUGGGAUAGGCAUAAGGCUAUCCUAACUAUAAAAUAAUGCCAGGGACUAAUGAAAGUAUUUAGUAAAUUGGGCCGACUAGAUGGUCCGAAUGGUUCUUAUCUGCCGUCACAUUCUAUGUUUCUAAUACAUUUAGUGAAUUUAUGCUGAAACAUUCAUUAUACGAUUGUUGGAGUAUUUUUAACCCAGGCUCAAGAGACUAUACUUCUUUUUCCCAUUUUCAUCAGUCAUACUCCCGUGUCGAUUUUUUUUUUUUUUAGUUGUUGACCCCAGGAUUGGUUGAAUUAUCGUGUCAGAUCAUGCCCACGUAUUUAUAACACUUUAACCCCCAUAUUGUUUUAAAAUUAGAAAUAGAUGGAGACUAAAUGACAGCCUAUUUUUAAUAGAGAAGGUAAACUCUGAAUUAGUUACAGAACUCGAUCACUUUAUUAAAACCAAUGAUAAUGGGGAGGUUUCUAAAUCCACAGUUUAGUGCACUUUAAAAAGCUUUGCUAGAGGGGUCCUAAUAAAAGCAGGUGCGAGACAAAAGAAAAUAUUUCUAAUCUAUAUACUAAGUUGGCUAAACUAGAAAGAGUAACUAAGGCUCAAAUAAUCCAAAUUAUUACAAAUGAAAUCUCAUCUCUGAAACAGGCUAUCAAUAAAAAAAAUCUUGGAUGAGCUGAAUAAGUAUAUUAUAUUCCUUAAACAAAAAUGGUAUCACAAUAACAAAAAAAGUUAGUAAAGUGCUUACGAACAAACUGAAAAACACUUCUAUGGAUAAAGCUAUCAAAAAAAUAAUAGUAGGGGAUGAGUGUUUUUUUUUUAAGCCCCAAGGUAAUAUCCUAGGUUUUUGUAGAUACAUAUACUGCUUCAUAUAAUUUACCAGACAGAUUCCAUGGUUACAAAUUUGGAAAUGGAUGCAAUUUUUAAUAAAUGGUCUAUCCCGGUGAUACCUCUAGUAAAACCUAACAAACACCCAUAACCAAUACGGAAAUAUUUAACUUCAUAAAACCUUAAAUCCAAUAAAGCUCCAGGACCAGAUGGCUUUUCAGCGAUGUUUUAUAAAACAUUUGCAGACAUCUUGGUCUCAAAUUAUUGAAAGUAUUCCAUAAAGUCUCUACUACCAAUCCCUUUCCUAAGGAGAUGUUAGCCUCUAUUAUUCCGAUUCCUAAACUAGGUAAGGAUCCAACAAAUACAUUAAAUUAGAGCCCGAUUUCUUUAAUAAAUUUGGAUAUUAAAAUGUUUUCCCAUAUCCUAGCUAAUAGAAUGAAACUGGUUAUUCACGAUUUAAUGUCGGUCGAUCUGUCUGGCUUCAUCAACGGAUAACAUGCGCAAAAUACUUAAUUUGACAUUUCCACUUAGGGGUGUAUUCACUUUUGUUGCCAAAGGCUUAGGCAUUAAUGGCUGUGUGCUGAAUAACUUUGAGUCGACAGCAAAUUUACACUGUUAUACAGGCUGUACACUUACUACUUUACAUUGUAGCAGAGUGUCAUUACUUCAGUGUUGUCACAUGAAAAGAUAUAAUAAAAUAUUUACAAAAAUGUGAGGGGUGUACUCACUUUUGUGAGAUACUGUACAUGUAUGAAAGAGACUUGUCUUGCUUUUUUGCUGUCAAGAUUUAUUUUAUUACCGAAGACAUUAGGUAAGAAGUCUGAUUGGAAAAAGCUCAAAUUGUGUGAGGGCACAUUGCAAUUGGACAUCUUUAAGAACCAUUGGGCAAUGCUUUUGAAUGAACACUCUAAAGUUGUAAAUGUAUGUAUGUAUGUAUGUAUGUAUUCAUAUCUUUAUAUAUUGAUAUAGAUUACGUUAAAAUGUUCCUGCCUUUUAGGUUCAGGCCACCCCCAUAGAAAAUUAAAUGACAUUAUAUCCAGCACCAUCCCAAUGUUGCUGAGGUGAGCACUCCUCUGUGUAAUACCAUUUAGACAGAUGAUCUUGGCCACUUAAAUGCCUCUCUGUACAGAAUCAUUGAUGGUUCUGGUGUGCAUGCAAGACAAAGGCUCUACAGUGAAGCAAGACAACUGCCUUGCUGCACUAAUAGAAUUCCAUGAGACUUAAUUGUUUUUGACCUCCUCAUGAUGCCAAAACAGAAGACUGUAGAUUUGUGGGUCUACCUAUAAAGUGGGUAGAACCAUCCCUGACAUACCCACCCUCAAGGUAGACCAUGCACGGAAUGCAGCUAAAUUGCUCAGUGCAUGUGCAUGUACUUAGUGCCUUGUACCCUCCUGCAUCAUAUGAUCUACCUGGUAGAUUUGAGGAUGCAGGACAUGUCUCCAGGACCUAUUCAUUUUUUUUAUCCUGGAACAGGAGCCCAAAAUGUAGGAUUGCACAGGCAAUAUUAGGACUGUUGGCACUCUUUCCUGUGCUGAAAAUCUACCUGGGAUACUCUUAAUGCAUAUCUAGUCUGUUCAAUAAACAAAAAGAAUAAAGAUGGAAUGGUAAAGGAUUGGUGCUGAAAUAAUUUCAUAACUCUAAAGUUAAGAGACACUAUUGGCACCCAGACCACUUAAUCUCAUUGAAGUAGUCUGGGUGUUGUGUCCCUGUCCCCUUAACCCUGCAUUUUAAAUCAUUGCAGUUUUAGAGAAACUGUAGAGUAAACAUUGCAGGGUUAAGACUUCCCCUAAUGGCUGUCUUCUUUGCAUGAGGAGGUCUGAUGUGUUGAAAAACCCAUUGGAAAGCAUUGAUUCAAUGCUUUGCUAUUGGGAAGGACUAUUGCGCCGAUUGCACGAAUGUCAACGGAGGAUAAGCACCAUCCAGCCCAGAGGGUAAGUAUUUAAAUAGUUAUUUUGCCCUGUGCAUAGCUUGGGAGGGGAGGGGCUCAGGAAUGGGGUGGAGUGAGGGGAGGGGUCGGGGGGGGUGGAGUUGUGAGGGCAGAGGGACACUAUGGUGUUAGGAGUACAGCUUUCUAUUACUAACACUAUAGUGUUCCUUUAUAUCAGUUCUGAAAGUUAGUUACUAAGAAAAGUUCUGGUCAGUUUCUUUUUUUUUUUUGUAUGGGCAACCAUUAAACUGAGAUAUUGCACUGUACUGAGUAUAUUAGAGCGAGAUCAUAUUUUACUAUAAUACAUUUCUGAAGUAAUAAGCCCUGCAAUAAAAUCCAUGGCUAGACCUUGUCUGGGAGCUAGAGAUUGAGAAUCUCUUAUCUGACCCAAAUUGAAACUGUGUGCUCAGCAAAAUAUAGCAAUAGAUUGUCACAGUUUCCCCAACAAGCUGUUCCAUCAAUUGCUUGUGCUAGCAGUGAUAAGUAUCCAAGCAGAGAUUGGAAAUACCCCUUCUUGAAAAAAAAAAAAAACCCUUCUUGCUAUUACUGGAUUUUUGAGUAAUAAAGAGAAGAUGCAGAAGCCUCAAUAUUGUGUGGUACAAUUAAGCCAGCUUUUAUGUCUGUAGUUACACAGUAUCUAAAGUGUCCUGUAAAUCAAGAGGGUUUUUUUGGUUUUGUUUUUUAACCAAACCAUACAGCACUGCGGAAUUUUUUGACAUUUAAAAAUUGGGAAGUGAUGAUAAGAUUUACAAUAGGUUAUUUAUAAUUUUUUUUCAAAUUUCUAUAGUAUUAUAAGGAACAAAAGUUUUGUACAGUAUUCUUGUCUCUACAACACAGUACAUUCAUACAAUAGUUAAUAAAUAUAGAUAUUAUUAAAUGCCAUGGUGAUCUUUACUAAAAUGUGGAUUGUAACAUAAUUAAGAUAUAUAUAUACAUUUCAAAGUGUGAAAUUGGAUUUUUCAAAGGUGUUUAGUUUUUAAUAAAACUAAAGCAAUACUCAAAGUACUAUAACCACUACAGCCCUCUGUAGCAGUUCCCGUUCUAGGAGUACCCAGGAGCCAUCCCAUAGCAAGUAACCUACCCACUUUAGUAUGGUUUGACAACUUACCUGGGCACCAGGCUCCCAUUACACAUUUGGUCUUCUCCUGUAGGAGAGCUAAGCAUGGCAGAUCCAAGACGGCAAUUGCUGGAUGAGGGCGCUCAGCUGAUGCUCUCAGCCAAUGAGCAUGGUCCUACUUAGCUCAAUAUAGUUAUCCAGAUUCUUUUACGGGAGAAGCUGCAAAACUGAAAACAAUUUGACUGCUUAGAGUGGGACUGCACCAGAGGGUUCCUGACACAAUAACCACUACAGUGGGCUCUAUUGGUAAUCUUUCUUGGACUGUUCCUCUAAAUACAAGUGUGACUAAGAAGCCUAAAUAUACCUUGGUAUGUAGUCUCACUGCUAAGCUAUCUGACAUUUUAGCAACAUUAUUUCUUCAGGGAACUUCAACAUCUGAGGAAAGGGAUUUAGGGGUGAUUAUUUCUCGUAACUUAAAGGUAGGCAGACAAUGUAAUAGAGCAGCAGGAAAUGCUAGCAGAAUGCUUGGUUGUAUAGGGAGAGGUAUUAGCAGUAGAACGAGGGAAGUGCUCAUGCCAUUGUACAGAACAUUGGUGAGACCAAACUUGGAGUAUUGUAUGCAGUACUGGAGACCGUAUCUUCAGAAGGAUAUUGAUACUUUAGAGAGAGUUCAGAGAAGGGCUACUAAACUGGUUCAUGGAUUGCAGGAUAAAAUUUACAAGGAAAGGUUAAAUGAACUUGAAAUGUAUAGCUUGGCGGAAAGACGAGACAGGGGGGAUAUAAUAGAAACAUUUAAAUACAUAAAGGGAAUCAACACAGUAAAGGAGGAGACUAUAUUUAAAAGAAGAAAAACUACCACAACAAGAGAACAUAGUAUUAAAUUAGAGGGGCAAAGGUUUAAAAAUAAUAACAGGAAGAGAUGGUAGUGGAUGCAUGGAAUAGUCUUCCAGCUGACGUGGUAGAGGUCAACACAGUAAAGGAGUUUAAGCAUGCGUGGGAUAGGCAUAAGGCUAUCCUAGUUAUAAGAUAAGGCCAGGGACUAAUUAUUAUUAUUUUAUUAUUUAUAUAGCACCAUCAGACUCCGUAGCGCUGUACAAUGGGUGGACUAACAGACAUGUAAUUGUAACCAGACAACUAGGUUGCUAGAAAAGUAUUAAUUGAGGGCUUAGUAGGUAAUUUUUGACAGUUGCAGGGGAGAAGUCAUGGAGGGUGGGGGAUGAAAAGCUGCUAACAGUUUAAUUGAUAUGCUUUCUUGAAGAAGUGAGUUUUCAAUGAUUUUUUGAAUGAGUGGAGACUGGGUGAAAUUCUUACAGAGAAGGGAAGGGAGUUCCACAGAAGAGGUGCAGCCCUGGAAAAGUCUUGGAGGCGAGCGUUAGAGGUGGGAGUACGGACAGAGGAUAUACGUAGGUCUUUGGCAGAGCGUAGGGGCCUCGAUGGGACAUAUUGUGUAUUAGGGAGGAUAGGUAGCUUGGAGCAGCAUUAUGCAGGGACUUGUAAGCAAGCACCAGAAUUUUAAAUUGAGCCCUAUAUCUGACUGGAAGCCAAUACAGGGACUGACAGAGCGGGGAGGCGUGAGUGGUGCGGGCGGACAGGAAAAUGAGCCUCGCCGCCGCAUUCAUUAUAGAUUGCAGCGGUGCAAUCUAGAAACACGUAAGACCACUGAGAAGAGUAUUGCAGUAGUCCAGGCAAGAGAGAACACUAAUGAAAGUAUUUAGAAAAUUGGGCAGACUAGAUGGGCCGAAUGGUUCUUAUCUGCCGUCACAUUCUAUGUUUCUAGGUUAGUGCGUCAAAUCUUUGAUUGUCACUAUACACAAUUAUCUAAAUAUGAUGAUAUUCUUAACUAUUUAUUUUAUUUCUAGGACAUUGCUAGACUAUUACAAGAAAGGGAGGAAAAGAGGAGAAAGAAUUAUUACCCGUCAUCACCAACCCGAGAUGAAGCUAAUCACACAAAUCAUGAAGGUAAACUAUUUUAUUUUGUCGCCUUUUUUUUUUUUUAGCUUGCCAAACAGCUUCUGGUGGUGUACAAGGCAGAAAAUUGAAAGUACAAUGGAAAUUUUGAAAAUGAAAAUUAAAACACAUUCAUUAGCUGAAGUAUUGAUUUAAGUUGGAACAAAUUCAUUAUCUUAAUAUUCCAAAGCCGUUUUUAAACUACUUUAUAGAAAGUACAUUAGUAGUCGUGGUUAUUGUGAGGUGGUAUAUGACCUUUUUAAAAUAACCUUAAUAGAAAAUUAUUUUUAUUUAUUUGCACACAAAGUGGAACAUAUUUUUUUGUAUAGGUUAGCUCUUUAUAUAUCAAAUGUUCUUUAUAUUGAGAAUUUGUCAUCUUGAAUGCAUAGUAUUAAAAAGAACACUUUUUUUUUCACAACCAUUUAAUCUGUAUAAAAAUCAUAUAUAUUGAGGAAGUAGACCUCUCUUAGAUCAAGCAGAAAGUCUUUUCACUUCUCAUCUGCUAAAUAUCACGUUAAAAGCAUUGCUUUCAAUGGUUGCUUUUUUUUUUUUUUUUUCCAGAUUGCAUGUGUUUUAAACCUUGCCCAGAAAUAUGCUUUAAACUCAGUUUUCUUAAAACUUUACUAAACUGACAUCACAUUUUACAAAUGAAAGGGUUAAAGACAUUAAAAUCUUGUUUAUUCUAAUUCAAGAAGAGUCUCUUCACUGAUGCUAUGAUUCGCCUUUCAUCUUAACUGAUGACUUUAUGUCAAAUCAGAUUAUUCUUAUGGCGAGGCAUUGGGACAACCAACAAUGCUUCUCACAGAUAAGCUGGUGCAUGUCUUUGUGAAGCAUUCCGUUUUGAAUCACAAUUCAAAGUAAAUAAGGGAGGAAACCCUCUUCUGUCUUAGGUAAUACAAAGUAUUUUAUAAAAAAAUACUGAUUCCUCUUGAAAUAAGCCUGUAGGUACAUGCAGAGGUAACCCCUGAAUCACUUACUCAAACAACUGCUUUAGAGGAUUAGUGUAAGGUGUAGUUUAAUGUUAGCACCUACUUCUUUUGAACAUCUACGUGUCUUAUCUUUUAAUUUGUACCAGCGCAUGGAAACACGGAAAUUAAGUGCUCAAACAAUGUGUAAUGUGUGGGGCUAUAUUUAGGCUUAAAAGUUUCCAGUUGUUUACAAAUUGCUAGUAGCAAUAUUAGCAUAUGGAAACCCCCUUAAAAAAGCACAACACACUGGUUCUCUGAAAUGUAUUUGAGUACAUAGCAUGUCUAAAUUUAAUAAACAAAAUAUGGUAAGUUCCUGUUUUGUUUUAUUUUUUUUAUUUAUUAAAUCAAUUUUCAGCUUUAUGGGUUUACUAUGUGCAGCAGAGAAUGUACACCUGUCAUACACCUGUUUAUAUAUAUUUAUAUAUAUAUAUAUAUAUAUAUAUAUAUAUAUAUAUAUAUAUAUAUAUAUAUAUAUAUAUAUAUAUAUAUAUAUAUAUAUAUAUGUAUUAAGGCCAUUUGGCCUGUAAUUGUUGGAGGAGCUUAAGAUAAUACACUUAUCUAUAUAAGGGACACCCCUUACCUGACUCCAUACCGCUGAAGGUCAGCAUCUGAAUGAGAUCCACUUCCGGUUCAUCCAGAUGCCAUUUUCAGAAUACCUUUUCUGCACGAGGUCGUCCACGUUGAGCUGUGUCCAGGAAUCCAGCCGCAGGCUUUUCCGUCCGACCAGCUUCUUGCUUCUUUCCAUCACCGCUGAUAACGUCCAAGUGACUCGCAAACCGUAAGUUGACCUACCCAUUACGCCAGGCAACAGUCCAACGGCAUUAUUCAUGGGUCAGGUCCUCGCUUUACGGUUAUAUUCAUUUUCUAACUGCUACACUCUGACUGUCCAUGCAUCGUAAGUAUAUUCAGCCGUUUGUUUACACGGCCAUUCAUUCACAUAUAUGAUGAUAUGUAUCUAGCCCCGCUCGGACAUUCGCAUACUCCCGAACGGGAAACCAUACAGAAACUCUACUUUUAUGCAAGGCAUCUCCGUUCGUGCAUUACAAACCGCACAAACGAAAUCCAUGUGUUCGGUUUUCAAAUGCUAUGCUCAGAUGUAUCUUGCCCCGCUCGGGCAUCUGCAUACUGCAGAACAGGAACAUAUUCAGUGUAUAUAUAUUUCAUGUAAGGCAUUGCAUCCGUGUGUUUCACAUUUUCAGCAAUAAGGCUGCAGACUCCCGAAUGAGAACAUAUUCAGUAUCAUUAAUUCUAUGUAGGCAUUUCUGUUCGUGCCUUACAACCGCAUGAAUGGGAAAUCCAUGUGUUUUACCUUUCUGUCUUUCAUUCGUUUCACUGUUCAUGCAUAUUUCCUAUAGGGGAACAGAUUGUCACAGCAUUUCCCAGGUUAAGCAGCUCACGUUUCGGGCUUAAAAAACCCUUGAACGGUACCACUGGUUUUGACCCACUGCAUAAUUACAACCUCCCAAACUGGCUCAGCUUGUAUUUUGUUCCAUACAGCUAAUUACGGUCGGUACAUUGUAACGGAUCACCUGGCACCCCGACUGGGUACCUCCGUUGAAGGAUGCUCCUAGCGCUUCCUGAGGACUCCAAUCACUGCAGCAGACACCACAACCACCGAAUCGGAGAACGCUGAACAGGAAAAGCAUACAGCUUGUCACAAUUCUUUUGCUUUCAUGUACCAGGUGGUUGCAGCAUCCCUGCUGACAUUUGUCUCAUUUAAAUUCCAGGCAUGUUCAUCAUACGCCUCCUACGGCCACUCCUUUGUUACAGAGCCUAAUCAUGGAUUAGACACACUCAUGCAGCAUAGCAGGCACUAUCCCACUUAGCACCUGCGUCCAAUACUUGUAGGACGUACAACACAGCUUUCACCUUGCUUAAAGAUUCUUAAUGGAACACGACAUAUCUCAAUCUUUGUCAUGACAUCUCUCCUAUGUUUUGCUUCUUUUUGCCAUCUUAAACUGGAACUAUCUCACAACCAUUAAAUUAUAUUUUGACAGGCAUUCAACGCCACAUGCUAACCCCUUGGCCAAAACAAUCAUAAUUCAUGUCAUCAUACCAGACAAAGAAUAUACUCAGAGGUUUUUAGAAUUCCAUUCCCCCACGUACCUCUCAGAGAUUAACUAUAGCCAACCAACUUUUCCAAUCCUUAUCUGACAUAUUAGAUCUACAACCACUUAUUCUACUACCAAUUCGGCCAUUAACGGCCAUGUUCACAGCCUUCUACGGCUGUCUCAGGCCAAGAGAGUUUACUGCCAUCACCACCACUCAGACAGAUCAUUGUCUUCAACGAUCCUACCUACGUAAACACAUUGAUCACUACCUAUAGGCUCUAACACAUUACAAACGAGUCAACACGCACCAACAAUAGAGAUAACAUACUAUCCUAACCACAACACAUGGUGUCCAGUUGCGGUCCUAGAUUCCUACCUUCAAAAUCCUACCAGGAAUUAAGCAAUGCAUUUAAGGAAAUGUCUGGUUCAUUGGUAUAUAUUUGUUGACUGUAUUAAAUCUUUGAUUAUUCACUUUUGCCCUCUUAAUUUACAGGCAUAUAGUAUCGUCUGUCUCGGCACACCACAACCGACUUGCUCCUUUAUACUAUCCUACCUACGCUUAAACUGGAACCUUACUCCAUAUACGGCUAUUUGCCCUAACACAAGUAUUAAGGCCGUUUGGCCUGUAAUUGUAGGAGGGGCUUAAUAUAAUACACUUACCUGACUCCAUACCGCUCAAGGUCAGCAUCUAAAUUACCCCCCCACCACUCCACAUUCUCAACACUUUUUCCUUUCUUUACAUUUACUUUUCUUUUCUUACUCCUUGGUGGGGCCUCUUUAUUUACAGGCCUACCGUAUUGUCGGUCUCGGCACACCACAACUGACUUUCUCCUUUAUACUAUCCUACGCUUAUGCUGGAACCUUACUCCAUAUACGGCUAUUUGCCCUUAACACAAAAAAAAAAAAAAAAAUAUAUAUACACACAUCGUAGUAGCUUGCACUCCAAGAAGACUUUUGUAGUGCCCAGCAAUGGAUGGGAUAUGUAUGGCAGCAAGUGAACAGUCCGUUCUUGGAUUUAAUGUGUUGGAAGAGGGGGGAUUUGUGCAGAUCUGAGUAACUUUAACAAGGGACAAAUAGUGACAACUGGGUCAGAGCAUCUCCAAAACGGCAAGUCUUAUGGUAUGUUUCCAGUAUGCAGUGAUUAGUACCUACCAAAAUUGUUGCAAGGAAGAACAACCGAUGAACCAGCAUCAGGGCUAUGCAUGCCCAAAUUCAUUGAUGCAUGUGGAGAGCAAAGGCUAGCCUGUCUGGUCCAAUCAAAAAGAAGAGCUAAUAUAGCUCCAAUUGUCGAAAAUGUUUUAAUGCUGGCCAUGAUGGGAAGGUGUCAGAACACACAGUUUGCUGCAUAUGGGGCUGCAUAGCCGUAGACCAGUCGGAGUGCCCAUGGUAACACCUGUCCAACUCCUGAAAGCACCUUUAAUUGGGAUGUGAGCAUCAUAACUGGACCAUGGAACAACGUAAGAAGGUUGUGUGGUCUGAUGAAUUAUGCUUUCUUUUAAAUUAAGUGGAUGGCUGGGUAAGUGUGUGUCGUUUACUUGGGGAAGAGAUGGCAACAGGAUGACCUAUGGGAAGAAGGCAGGCUGGCAAAGGAAGUGCUUGCUCUGGGAAAUGUUCUGCUGGGAAUCCUUGGAUCCUGGCAUUCACGUGGAUGUUAUUUUGACACGUACUAUCUACCUGUUGUAGACCAUGUACACCCGUUCUUGGCAAUGGUGUUCACUGAUAGCAGUAGCCUCUGUCAACAGGAUAAUGCACCUCCCAUAUUGCCAAAAACAUUGUUUAGGAAUGGUUUGAGGAACAUAGUAAAGAGUUCAGUGUUGCCUUGGCCUCCAAAUUCCCCAGAUCUCCAUCAGAUUGACCAUCUGUGGGUUGCACUGGAACAACAAAGCUGAUCCAAAUCCAUCUUGCAGGAGUUUAAAGAUCUGCUGAUAAAGUCUUGGUGCCAGAUACCACAGGACACGUUCAGAGGUCUUGUGGAGUCCAUUUCUCAACACAUCAGAGCAAUUUUGGCAGCAAGGGGCACCUACACGAUCUUAGGCAGGUGGUUUUAAUGUUGUGGCUGACCAGUGUUUAAUGUAGGUUUUGUGUUAGGUGUUUGGUACUCCCAUAGACUUAAAUAAAGCACAUUUCCAAGAGGAUAACAAUAAAUGCAGACUGGAUUAAGAGGACAAAAAAUAAUUUAACGGAAAAAUCAAAUUACAUUAUUAAUAUUUGUAUGCAAAUUCUUUACAUUUGACUUCAUGCAGUCUGGAGGACAUGAACAUCGUCCGAUACUAGACUUGGAGAUUUGUUUCAAAACAAACUGCAGUUCGUACGAAUUCGGGCAAACCGGGUGAUUGGUCCAUUACCUGAACUCUAAGCCAAAGCAUACUCAAAUUACAAACUAACUAACCAUGUAAUCUUGAACAUUUUAGGAGGGGACCAAAGUUCUGAAUUCUGCCCAUGGGGCCAAAAAAAAGAGGUGACUGAUGACUGGUCACUAAUGUUAGCUUUAUCAUUAACAUUUUUGCAAAUAAAUCAUCAUUCAGAAAUAUGGCAAAUGAGUUGAAGAAAUAGAAAUUUAUUCACCUGGUGCAAAGAACAGCGCUUUAAACAAUGAUUGAGGUGUGAUUUCUAUGUGUUCUAUCUAGUAUGUUUUGCAUGUUUUCUUUCAAGUUGUAUUAAAUCUUGACUUACAAUAACUACUGAUCUAGUGUCUGUAGCCACUGCCUGACCUUACCUCUUUCUCAGCUGGGGCUUUCUGUGGCUGUCCAAUCACAGACUUCUCAAUGAUUUGGAUACCCGCUAUAUGAAGUCUUUGCAUGGCAGGUGCUCUGUACAUUUACCUGCCUCUUGAGUUUAGCUCCAUUGAGCUAACCUACCAGGAAGUAACAGGACCAGCUGUCUGAUUGAGGCAUAACAAUGUUUUUAAAAUGAAGUGCCAACUUGUACUGAAAUCUGCACAUUUAAAACAUAAAAUAAGAGGACACACGCUUCACUCUUAAAGUACUACAGCAAGUGUUUUGAUUUGUUUAUAGGUGUUCACUUAAAUAUAUAAAUAAGUAAAUAUAGCUUCAUAAUUUCUGUGAAUUGACAGUUCCCAUUGAAAUUCAUUGCUCUCUUCAGCAAGUAAAAUUUAUGAAGCUAUUUAUUCAGGGUAGAUAAUUUAGCUCAAUAGUCAGGGUUAUUUCACCUCCAAAGCAACAAUGCGCUUGUUUGGGUUUAUCAGAAGAACCUUCAUAUGACGGUGAAUAAUUGAGUUUUAAGGCAUUUGAUUGGAUUUGAUCAGGUGAAAUGUUUCUUCUAAAGUCAUCCUACCAUCAGCAGUCACAUCAAUCGAAACAACUGAGAAUGUUCAGCAACAGAUGACUGUGCCAAUCUUUUACAGUACCACCAACCCAUCUUACAUAUAUGAUGGUAUAUUUUAUAUUAUGUUCAUUUAUUUUCUUUCUCCCCACCUUCAAUAUUUCAAUCUGGUACAAGUUAAUAUGUCCAUAACAUUGUAGUGUUAUGGAGAUGUUUUUCCUUGCACUUCUAUUCUUGGGGCUUGCAAGUGUUAAGUAUGUUGUGGGAAAACCAUCCAUGGUACACUGAUGUAUCAUUACCUACAUCCUGCACAAAUGCAACCAGUCUUCUCGCAGUCAAACUGUGCUUUCCCAUGGUGCAUCAUACAAUCUAGAUUGCCCAGGAGCUGAAAAUAAUUGAUGGGUUUAAUGAGAGAAGCUGAAUUUGCUUUUAUGUUUUGAUUGUUGUUUUGGACUAUAUAUGGUGCAUAUGAUACAAUCUGUGGACUCUUUCCUGUGUUAAUGUAUUUUUGCAAAUCUGUGUUAUAGCUACAUAUACCAGCCUCCAUACACAGUACAGUAUUAAGAGUAAUAAAAUGAAUAAUAAAAAAAGAUGACCGAUACACAACUAUUAGCAUGUCAGGGACACUAUAGGGGCACCCAGACCACAGGGACACUAUAGGCACCCAGACCACUUCAGCUCGUUGAAGUGGUCUAGUUACAGUGUCCCUAUUGCACUUAGUGCUGCAAUGUAAAACAUUGCAGUUCCAGAAAAGCUGCAAUGCUUACAUUGCAGCACUAAGUCUGCCUCCAGUGGCUGUCUACCAGACUGACACUAGAGGUUCAGAUGCUCUGCAUUAGGACAUCCAGUGUCAGAUUUUCCGCAUAGGAAAGCACUGAUUCAUUGAUUUAGUGCCCGCUCGUCGUGGGGCGUUGAAGGAGGCGGAGGCACUGAGGGACAUUAACGCUGGCAUAAGGUAAGUAAAUUUUUACAUUUUAUAUAAGUAAGGUACAUUUUUAACCCUUUAUUUACUGCGGUGGGUUGGGGGGCGUGAGGGAGGGGGCAGGCAGAAUACAGCUUUGUAUUCCUGGCACUUUCAGUAUCCCUUUAAACACACUUCAAGUGGCUGCCCUUCUGACUGCCACUAGAGGUAUAUUUCCUUCAACAGGACUGAGCAAAACUCUAUCCUGGAGUCAAAUGCUGGUGAUAGAAGUAUUUGAUAGAAGGAACCUGGCAUUUAGCUAUGCAUGCCUAUUUACAAUCAAAAGCUUCUCUACAUGAAGCAUUGGUUCAGAACAGAUCGUUGAAGAUGUCAGCAGACAUGUAGGUCAUCAGAGCUGUCCUAGCACUGGAAACAAGGUAAUUUUUAGUAAAUGUUUUUUGUGUGUGUAGCAAAGGGGGUCAGGGGUGGACAUUAGUGUGCAAAUAAUGAUUGUUAUUUUUGGAAGUAUAGAUUCUCUUUAAUCUGGUUUCCAGGAGUGAUGACUACCAUUUAGACAUUCAGAAGUUCACCUUAGAAGCAUAGAUGAGAGAUGCUUUUAUUUAUUUAAUAUAUAUAUAUAUAUAUAUAUAUAUAUAUAUAUAUAUAUAUAUAUAUAUAUAUAUAUAUAUAUAUAUAUAUAUUUAUAUAUAUAUAUAGUAUUACCAUUUAGUCUUCAGUAAUAGGAACUAUCUUGGAAAUCCUUAGUAAAUUAUUUGGUACUUUCAAAAUUACUUGUUCCAUUUAUAUAAACUGGAGAGGUCAUUUAGUUAUUCACUAAAGUUAGAAUUGCAGAAAAUUUAAAGUGGUUUUGAAAUUGAUAUUUCAAAUUGGCAGACCUGGAAACAUUCUUUAAGUCACUUAUGUUUCCAGAUCAUCUACUUUGGGUUUACAUUUGAAAUGCAGUAUAAAUUCUCAACAAUUCUCACUUGUAUUAAUUACCAUGUGAGUGUUUGGAUAUCUUGGACUUGUUCCUUAUAUCGGGGGUGGCAACCUUUGGCAUACCAAAUGUAGUGGACUACCUCUGCCAAAAUAUUCUUACAGCCAUAAUGCUGACAAACAACAAGGGAGAUUGUAGUCCACAACAAAAAUAAGAAAGUUAACUCUAUCUUAACAAGUUAAGUAAUAAAUAAUAAUGAAUGUAAGUAUGUAUGUAUUUAUGUAAUAUAAAUAAUAGCAAUUUGCAUAGUAAGUACAUAACAUACAUGCUAUGGAAUUUAGAGCACACAUACAAUCCUAUGUGUACUUUUAUUUCAUUUCUGCACCCAUUCUCACAUUGAUUAUGAACCUCUUAAAAUAAUAUCAAUAACCAAAGAGGAGUUUAAGUGUAUGAUGCUGAAAAGUAUGAUCUCCUGCAAUGUAGGUAUAUUUAGAUAAUUGAUCACACUGAUGUUUAAAUGAUCCUGACACUGCUGGAGAACACUUCCUCAAGAAUUCACUGUUCUUCAUACAUACCAAGGAUAGGAAGCAAUGUUUAUGUUCUACCCUUCCAGAAGAAUGGACUUUUUUUCCCAGUAGAAUUUGAUAGAUUGUACUGAAGUUUGUUGUGGUGUCUUUUAAUUCCCUGUUUGUGGUGUUCCUUUAUUGCUCAGGCCACCGUAAAGGUAGGCACAAGGAAUACCGGGCAGAACAUGAUAGACACCAUAGGCAUGACAGACCUGAACAAGAAAGAAUGGAAAGAAGUAAAAAGAAUUCUGAGCACUCUUCGUCCAACAUUGAGGUUAGAAGCCGUGGUCGAUCAGUGGAAUUGAGGCCUAAUGGCAAACCAGAGGAUGACUAUGCAAAUCACAGACCUGAAAACCAUCACCACAAGUCCUCCAAAAAAAAAGAUCGGCCCGAAAGACCACCACCUCCAAAGAAUAAUAAAAAUGAGGAUGUGGGUAAUGACAAGACAAAUGGAGAACUUUUGGAUGAGCACCUGUCCAGAAGAGGCAGGUCUCAAAGCCGUGACCUUCCAAACAAAAAUGACUCUGGAAGUGAGUUAUAUCAGGACAGUUCUAGUGCCAGAGAUACAAAAAGUUACAAUGAAGGUGAUUAUAAAAAUGAGAGACACAGGAGGAGAACACCUUCUCCAAAACACAAGAGACAUCCUGGGGAUUCAGGUAACAGGUGUGGUGGUGGUGGUGGUGGUGGUGGUAGUGGUGUGAUUUUGAUCAAAAUCUUCAAACUGGUGAUUAUUAUUUUUAUAAUUUUUAUUUUAUUUUUGUAAAAAAUCAUGUUCACCAAUUUUGAAAAUCAUCUUCAUUCAACAAUGUCUGUCUUUUUUUAAUUGUACUGCAAACUCUUGACUGCUUUUUCUGAAUUUUAGUGUUCAUAAGCAAAAAUUGUCCUUUUCAUUUUAUUGGUGUGUGGGCUUUUUGUUUGGUGUCCCAUUGUAAUGCAGAUAUUUUGCAUCCUUUACUGUAACUGUGGAAGAGGCUCAAAGCUUUAUAUUUAAAAUUGCAUUUGUGGAAACAUUACACUGUGACAUUCAGUGAAUGAUAAUACCAUUGAUCUGUUGUAGCAGGGCUAGAUAAAUAUGGCCCUCUUGUGGUCUUUGUGCAUACAACACCUAUCAUCCUUAACCAGUAAGACAUAACAAUGAGUGUUGUAUUUAGCCCAACACCAUCACUGUUGGUGUUGUGCAUUUACAUCCUAUUCUGCUUCAGGUCACAAACUUUCCAAAUUCUAGCCUUUAUGACAAAAUACAGAUACACUGAGAUAUACAGUGUUUAAGAUAUGAAAACAAAUCUGUUAUAAUUUAUUUGCCUCUUGUACAGUUAGACAUGGGGUAAAACAAUUUUGAUUUGAUAUUAUCAUAAAGUAUUAUUAUUUGCAAUGCUUUUUAUUUUCAACUCCUAGGUCAUCGACAAAGAGGGACACGUGAUACUCCACAAACCAGACAUACAUCAGGUCCAAAAACACGGGAAGAGUAUGAUGCAGAGAUUGCCAGGAAACUCCAGGAAAGAGAACUUAAGGUGCACUUAUUUUGCUGUUUUAGACUGUUGAUGACUUGCAAUGUGUGUCUUCCUUGCAUGCUUAAGUCUUUGGUUGUUUAUAGGGUACAUAGAAGUAUUCCUUGCUUUGUUUAUGCACUAUAUUGUACUCAUGAUGUACACAUGUGUGGACAAACUAAUGAGGAAUCACAGCUUCCUCCACAUCAGAACCCAACAUUUUAAAAUAAAGAAAACUGGGUGCUUUUAAAAAGAUGUUAUCUUCAAAAGGGAGGUGUAGUCCUGUAAAAAAGCAGUUAUAAAGGGUACUGAACCUGUGAGUUUUUGGCCCUUCAAUCUAUGCAACUAUGACUCUGGUAUGAUACAUGAUUACCGACAAGUUUAUCUUAGAAAUUGUUUUAGUUAAGUAUUAUACCUGAUAAUCUAUGAUUAAAGGGACACCAUAGGCACUGUAUCUGCUUCAUCUCAUUAAACUGGUUAUAGUGUCUGGAGUCCCCUGGUACCAUCAUUUCUUUCAGCAUUAAACAGUUUUUAAUGUUGUAAUGUUUUAAAGCAAAACAGGAGUCCACGGCAGUCUAUCCCCUCUGUGCUGCUUUGGCUAAUAAGGAAGUAUUACCCUGAGAGGCAAUGGGCAGCUGUGAUUGGCUGAGUGUGUCAGCUGACUGCUUUUAACCUGUCAGAGCUCCAACUGACGGUAUGAAUGGGUAUGACAACAAGGAAGUGUGUAAUCUCUGCCUUAGCAACACAUACAGAAGGGGCCGGACUGUGGGUGGUCAGGGACGCUUAUGUUGUGGCAUACUGCACAAACAUGGUGCAACACUGAAUGGAGGGACAGUGCCAGGCCACUACAGGCACUAUAACCAAUUGAAAGAGACAAAGUGAUUAUAGUGACUACAGUGUCCCUUUAAAGAAAGGCCCAGUAAAAAACAAAAAACUAAAAAAAAACGUGAGGGCAUUGUGGAAUAAUUGUGGAAUAAAUAAGAAAAAAAAUUAAAGGGAUACUUUAGGCAUCAAAAUUUCUUUAGCUUUGGUGUAUAGAUCAUGUCCAUGCAGCCUGAUUGCUCAAUUCUUCUAGGAGUUAAAUAACUUGUUUCUGUCAAGCAGCCCUUGCCACACCUCUUCUGGCUGUGACUGGCACAGUCUGCAUGAAAGAAAGGUUUAAUUUUCAAUCCGAUGUUAACUUGCUUUAGAUGUUUUUAUCUUCUGCUCUGUAAAUUAAACCAAUAUAUGCCAAGUUAUCAUUUUCCAAUAUCCUGAAUUUUUCGUCUAUGUAUAAUAUUCUAUAGCAAAUGAUAAUGUAUAUAUUAAAUCGUAGCAGCCCAUACUUCACAGGACCAGAAUCAAAAUAACUCAAUCACUCUGCUGUACUGGGCAGGAUAUCUCUGCUUCAGACCUGGGCAGGGAGCAGUAUGAGUUGUACACCACCCUUCUCCUGGAGAAAUAGUGAUUUCACUCAUAGUCCUGGUAAUGUUCCUUUGAUUCUGGAGACUCCAGGUGAAAGCUUUCAGUUAUGGUUGUUAAUACCUACAUAUUAGACUUCAAAUAAUUUUUGAUUUGUCAGAAUUUUGGGUGAUCGGUGGUUCUUCUACAUUCCAUAAUAUCAAAAUUCUAUAUGGAUGAACAAUUUUAUUUGGUUUAAUUUAUUGCAGUCUCAUCUGUGGUGCAGAAUAAAAAGAUGACUGCUGGUUAGGGGACAGACACUAACUGUUGACUUUAUUCACAGAUCAAUUGAGACAUAACCAAAAGAUUAGGGGAAGCAGUAAAAAUAAAUAUAUUAUGUUGUGAUGGAAUGUUUUGGCCUGGGCUUUUGAAUUCCCAGGAUCUGAUCAACUGACACAAUUUUAUUAUUUUAUGAACUGAUCAGAUUUUUCUGCAGUGCACCUGUCUAUGUGUUUAGGUUCAUUUUACUAUGAUCGUUACCUUUUUUUACAACAUUUGCAGGGUUGUUUGCUAAGAUUUCAUCACCAGGAAGUGAAUUUAAAUUUUUAGGCCAUUUUUAUAUUACUUUUUUAAGUCUGCUAGGUUUUCAGUUUGGCAAUUUUGGCCUAAAAUGUGAAAUUUACUUUUUUAACAAAUUGGGGCCAUUGCUAAUCGCCAUUAAACUAGAAUUAUAACGUUGUUUUGUGUUCUUAAUCUAUCUAUCUCAGGACUUGACAAAUCCCAGCACCAGGUCACCUGGGAUUUGUUAGCCCUUUCAUUUAGAUUUUGCUGGCCAGCUAAGUGAACAUGAAGGCUGAUGGCUAGCCUGAUGAGGGAGCAAGGAGGUGGGUGGGUGGACAGGGUGCUUUCUGACUGAGCAAGUGGGCGUCCGGAAUAUAAAUGGGUAGCGAAGGAGCUGAAAUAUGAUGGCACUCCAACCCCGGUAUCACUAAAGGCAAGGUAGCAGAGCAAGAAAAACUUGAAGAUUUCAGCAGUUACACUGGUCUCCAGGGGCAUUAAAAACACCUGCCUAAGAUCAUGUAGGUCCCCUUUGUGCUGCCAAACAUUCUCUGAUGCAUUGAGGCAUGGACUGAAUGUGUCAUGUGGUAUCUCGUAUCAAGAUAUUAGCAGGAGAUCAUUUAAGUCCUUCAAGUUGGAUUUGGAUUGGGAUCAGAUUUUUAUUUUUUGUUCCAGCACAUCCCACAGUAGCUCAAUUGGAUUUAGAUCAUUCCUGGACAAGGUUUGCAUUGUUGCAGGGUGCAUUAACCUGUUGAAAGAGACCAUUGCCAUCGGGGAUCACCAUGGCCAUCAAGGGGUGUAUGUGGUCUGCAACAAUCUCUAGGUAGGUAGUACGUGUAAAAGUAACAUUCACAUGAAUUCCAGGUCCCAAGGUUUCCCAGCAGAUCAGUGAAAGAUCAUAACACUGCCUCUGCCGGCCUACCUUCUUCCAAUAAUGUAUCCUGCUGCCAUCUCUUCUUCAGAUAAAAAAAGUGACAAGCACCCAGCCAUUGACCUGCUGUAAAUGAAAACCUGAUUAAUCAGACCAAGAAACCUUCUUCCAUUGCUCCAUGGUCUAAUUAUGAUCAUGCCCCCAUAGAAGAUGCUUUCGACGGUGGAUAGGGGUUAUCUUAGGCACUCUGGCUGGUCUGUAGCUAUAUAGCCAAAUAUGCAGCAAACUGCAGUGCACUAUGUGUUUUGACACCUUUCUAUCAUGGCCAGCAUUAGGUUCUUAGCAAUUUGAGCUACAGUAGCCCUUCUGUGUGAUUAGACCAGAAAGACUAGACUUCCCUCCCCACGUGCCAUCAAAUAAGCCUUUCGUGCCCAUGACCCUGAUACUGGUUUUCCAGUUGUUGCUUGCACCACUUUUUGUAGAUACUAAUAACUGCAUACUGGAGAUACCGAAUAAGACUUGCCAUUUUGGAGAUGCUCUGACCGUCUUGUCCUCACUAUUUGGCCUUUGUUAAAGUAACUCAGAUCUUUUCGCUUGUCCAUGUUUCAAACUCGUGAAAUUCUUCAAUCUUAUUCACUUAACGUGUGUGUGUUAUUUUAUUUCUUUUAAAAUGAUUUCAUGCAUUCAGCUAGCCCAAAGGUGCAGAUUAUCAGUCUUUGUAUACAAAUCUUAACUUUUUUUUUUUUUAUCCCAUUAAUCAUAGGUGAAUGUUGUGGAUUUAAAAGCAGCACAGAUGGCACAAGAUGAGGUGAGUUCAGCUUGUAUGUUUUAAUAGAUCUAGCCAAACUGGGAAUACUGACCAUGUAGUCAAAUCUUUAAAAAAAAAUAUUAAAAAUAAGUAUUUCUUCUUCCACUGAUAGAUUUUUAAAAGUAAUUUAUGUUAUAUAUGUUAUACAUAUGAUGCUUUGUAACUGUUUAGGUUACAUAUUUUAUUUCAAACCCUGUUAAAAAUGAAGAUAUGAUUUAGAGGAUAAAAGAAAUGUUUGAUUCUACAAUAUUCUACCACAAUUCCAAAAGCUUUUCUUUGAAUAUAGAGAUGUGGGAGAAGCCCAUAUUUUAAUUUGUUACUUUUACAGUUUCCUUUAAAUAUUGAAGGAAAUAAGUGCUUGUUGUGUGGUUACAUCAUACCUGGAAAAGCACAAUUCAUUAUAUUUCAGUACAAAAGAAAGACAUUAUUACAGGGGGAAAAUUUUUUUUUUUCCACUUAGUCUGCCCACUUCCUUAAAAAAGCUCUAUACUUGCAUUUUCUAGUUUCAUUUUAUACCAAGCAUGUUGUUUUUAAAUGCCGUUUGUGCCCUCGAUGAUGGGUCACCUUCUGUAUGAGUACAAUAUUUCAACAGCAUGCUAACUAGUGCAUAGCUUAAUUAUUCUACUAUAUUGUAUAAUAAAUGUAAGGGCCUUGCUCCUGGCUUUGUUGACAAAUGUCUUGGAAUAGAAUUGCAAGUUUUUAUGGAAAUACCAAAAGUGUCAAGCUGCCUGCUCUAAAAAAGCAUGACUUGCAACCUGUGUGUCCAGACCCUGUCCACCAUUCUUUGGUUUGUUUUUUUGUUUUUUGUUUUUACCAAUCUGUGUGCAUGCAGUACACUGAUUAAACUCAGGACAUUAAACAUGUGCCCAGGGUGAAUUUUAAGUGCUCUGCACAUAUGCGGAUCUGAGUGGGGAUGGACAAACAGAUUGACAGUCACACUUAGUGAAUGUCCAUCAGGCUGUCAUGCCCCGUUUUGGGUAGACGAGCGAGCCCACAAUUGAUGUCACUGGCAUGCCCAUAUGAACCUACUUGUUUUCUGUCAUAAUUCAUAACUCAAACUGUUGGAUGUGUGUUGUAUUUACAUCAAAAAACACCUUGCAAACUAGUUUGUGUGUUUUCACAUAUUAUAACUGAUUUUCAGGAAAUUGCUCGCUGGCUAAUGGAGAAAGAAGAGAAGGCUUACAAAAAAUCUAAAGGCCGAGAAAAGAUGGACAAAAGAAGACCAGAAGAAAGGGAGGUGAGUCCAAUUCACAUGUUCAUUAUAUGAAACAAGUUAAUUAAAUACAGUUUGCAUAAAUUGAAGGGGGACGUUUUAGAAUUAAUUUUAUUGCAACAUUUCAUCAUUGAAAGUUCUCAUGUUAUUCAUGCAGGACUUUCAAACUUCAGUUCUUUAGCAAGUCCUAUUCUACUGAGAUGAAUAAACAAUAAAUGUCCCUGUGUAUUGUUCUGCUUCAAUUUAUUUAAGUGUUUUAUUUUCAAGUGUGCUGAAUCUUUAGUAUGCUUAAUAUAUAACUUGAAAAUCAUCUCAUUGCUCAUAAAAGACUUUGUGCUAACUUUGAAGCAGCUGUUUAAAAAAAAAAACAACACUUUUCACAUUUUUUUUAAUAAGCUAUUCAGGUAGCUGUUCUAGACAUUUCUUCUUUGAUGACCCUCAACUAAUCCAGUAGCUCCAGUCUAUCCAUAGGUAUGUGCAGCAUAUUACAUAAGGGUGUGCACCCAGAGAAAAUUACUAUCUAAACAUUACUGCAAAAAAAAAAAAAAAUAGAGAAAGAAAUACAAUAUUUUUGUUUUAUCUUUAGUGAUACCAGAUAUACAGGGCUUUUUUUUUACACACAUAAAAACUUGCCCAAACUCACGAAAAAGUGUCUCAAUUUAACAUGUUUGGAUUUGCAUUUCAAAUGCUCGCAGUCUAUUAAAAAAAUACUUUUUAAGUAAUUUCUCUACAGAAGUCCCCAAUAAAGGGAGUCUCCACUGCCCAAAUAAAACUAAAUAAUAGAAAAAAAAAUCACUAUUGCAUAGAUAUACCCCAUCAAAAAUAUGCUUGCAUUUAAUUCUGCGUUUUUGCAUUGGGGGUAUAUCGAACACAUUGUAAAAGCUACAAAUCUCUUGUCUGAAGCCUUUGCAAGCCCUACCCUAACACCACUCAGACUCUCUGUGGCUGUCCAAUCACAGACUUCCGAAAGAAAUUAGAAAUAUUUGCAAAGCAGGUGUUCAGAGCAGUUGUCUGCCUCUUGAGUUUAGCUCCACUUAGCUAAACUUCCAGGAAGUAACAGGACUGGUUGUCUAAUUGACAACCGUGGGGGAUGUAACAAGUUUAUUUACAGAAGUGCCAAUUUCUAUUGAAAUGUGUAAUUUUUGUAAAAUUAAAAACAAAGACAAAGUCUUCACACAUAAAGCUAAAGGGCAUUAGGUUUGUAGAGUGUACCUUUUAAAGUCUUGAAGAUAAAUCAAUUGAAAAGUUUUAUAGCAGGUUGUGAUAAUUUGAAAUGCUCAUCCAAACUAAUUAAAUCACCUGGCACACCAUUGAAUCUGUUGAUGUAUAGUUGUGGAAAUCCUUAUAAAUGCUGUAAAUAUACAUUUUAAAGGAUCACUAUAGGGUCAGGAACACAAACAUGUAUUCCUGACCCUAUAAUGUUAAAACCACCAUUUAGCCCCCCUGGGCCCAUCAUGCAUCCAUAAAUAUAGCAACAUCUUCAAGCCAGAAGCUGUAACUCUGCAUACUGUUUGCCUAAAAAAAACAAGCAGUCUGCUGACAUCAUCAGAAGUGGUAGCCUGAGCCAGUCAAAAUGCUUCCCCAUCAGAUUGGCUGAGGCUGACAAAGAGGCAGAUCAGGGGCAGAGCCGUCAUGAUUCAAACACAGCCCUGGCCAAUCAGCAUCUCCUCAUAGAGAUUAAUUGAAUCAAUAAAUGAGGAAAGUUCAGUGUCUGCAUGCAGAGGAUGGAGAUACUGAAUGUUUGGAUGCAUUUUAGGCAGCCAUGACCCAGGAAGGAUCUCUAACAGAUAUCUGAGGAGUGGCCAUUGAAGUUAUUACUAGGCUGUAAUGUAAACACUGCAUUUUCUCUGAAAAGACGGUGUUUACAGCAAAAAGCCUGAAGGUAAUGAUUCUACUCACCAGAACAAAUUCAAUAAGCUGUAGUUGUUCUGGUGUCCCUUUAAAGUUGCAAUAAAACAACAAUUAAUUAUGGGUAGUUGUUUGGGCCUAACCCAUAGGGAGUGGAUAUUCAAGCCAGAGUGAGGAACAAACUAAACUAGCUGGGGAAUCCAGUACUUAGUCAUGAGCCAAAGGUAAAAAUCUGUAUUGUAGCAGAUUUCACAGGCUUGUAUGCGUGAAACUGCACAAUAUGAAGUGAAGAAGUGUGAGUAAGGCUUUAAUGAACUUUCCCUUUUCUUGAUAUGCAGCCACUUUAAUUUUUAAUGUAAAUUAUGUGUUUUUCCUACUUGCUAUAUCCUAAAUAUUGUGAUGGGUAAAAUUCUCUCUCUUUCUUUAGCCACGUUCACAUGAGCAUACCCGUCUAGGAACAAGGGAAACUCAAGAACUCCACCGAUCGAGAAGUGAUAAACCAUACAGGUACACACACACAAUCCCUCUAAAUGAUAAAGAUUUAAUUUAUAAAAGUGAAUUUGUUUGUGAAAAGAGACCACACUUUUACAAUUACUAAUUUAGGGCUGCCAUAACUGUGAACAUUUUAUAAAGACUGUAAGGGGUGGGAUGUGAGCGAGAUUUAGACCGGAAGGGAUACACAAGUAGGGGAGAGGUGAGGAGGAAGACACUGUGAUUUUAAAACCUAAAUGUUAAAGGGAUACUAUAGUGCCAGGAAUACAAAGCUGUAUCCCGGGCACUAAAGCUCCCUCUGACUCCCCUGUUCUUUGUCCCCCCUACCCCUCCCCAGUGAAUAAAGGAUUAAAAACUUUCUUUACUUACCUUAUUCCAGGCAUCACAGCCUGCCUCCUCAGAUGGUGCUUGAUGAGAGGGCACUAAUGUGCAUGUGUGCAGCACACAUUAGACCUCCCUAUAGGAAAGCAUUGAAUCAAAAAAUAUGUUGCUGGAUGUCCUCAUGCAUAGAGUAAGGACAUCCAGCAUCAUAACCAGACCAAAUGUCUGUUUGGAUGCAGAAAGUGCCUCCAAUGGCUCUCUGGGAGACAUCCACUGAGGGCAGACUUAGAGCUACAAUGUAAACAAUAAGGACACUGCACCUAGACCACUUUAAUAAGCUGAAGUGGUCUGAGUGCCUAUAGUGUCCCUUUAAAUAGGUAGGGAAAGAGGGAGGAAGGCAGUGAUGGGGAUACAAUUAGUGGGAAAUUGUGGGUCAAUGAGCGGAGGCAAGAUAGGAAGAGACACAAAUUGAGAGACAAGAAGGAGGCAUGAGUAAGGAGUAGAAAGUGAGUACUAUGUGAAGAAUGAUGGCACACGUGGGUCCACGAUGAGGAGAGAUGCACAGGUGAGGGGUUGGUUAGAGGUGGAUUUAGUUAAGAUAUAUUGGAUUGGGGGAUGGGACAGAAAUAGAGGAAUCUUAGGGAAUUUGGAAGGACAAAUAUAUAUUCCGAAUUACACACAUCUGAAUUCACACACUAAACAUAAUUCAGUUGCAUUCACACAUAGGUAUCCCAGGUAAGAGAACCUAUGCCAGGUGGCCCUAAAAGGUGUAAUGGCAGUCCGCCAACCAGAAAGGAUUUUACAAAAUCAAAUGGGAAAUAUUGCAAUGAUCACUGAUGCUGUGUUUGUUUUCCCUGUUUAUCUCCUGAAUACAUUUAUUGAUUCAGUAGUGCUAUAUUUUUAGUCAUGUUUUCUUUGUUGAUUGCCAGGCCUCUUCCUCCUUCUCCAGAUGAAGAUGGUGAAGGUGAUUAUGACCGCGAUUACAUAAAUCGUAAUCAGCACUGUUCUCCAAGAUCCAAUCCUAAAUCACAAUCUUCUCAUAAAAGUAAGUAUGGAAAUUAUUUUAGAAUAUUUUCUUCAACUGAAAGUAAAUGUUGUAGCAAAUUUUCCUUUGAUCUCGUAUGUGUAAAUGGAUCACUAUGAUACAGUACUAGCUGUAACGGACUGUUUUGCACACAAGAGGUUAAAAACCGUUUAGGCGAUAUUCCCCUUUCAGAUGUACAGGCAGCUACUGCAAUCACCAAUCUCCCGAACUGCAAACACACUAAUUCUCCAACUCCCGAACUGGAACCAUACGAAUCCUCCAACUCCCGAACAGGAAACACACGAAUGCUGUUAAACAGCCAAACAGGAAAAACCAUCCGAACAGCUUACACUCCUGGCAGUCGCACUGUAACAGCAUACAAUUCAAUUCCCCCCAAGAAUGAGACGACACUUCGUUUGAGGGUCAAGAAGAACUGAUUUACUGGGGCUAACUGCCCGACUUUUAUGCAGGUCUCCCACCUGGUGGACACUCCCAUAAGGGACCAGAUAGGAAACUGGGACACAAAGGGUAAAAGGACCCUUACACAUUUAAACAGAUCCCACAAUGCAUUGCAAUCCCUCCUCUCUGUCCUGGAGAUAAUUGGGAAGUAAUCCAGUUAUCUCCAAGGACAAAGAGAAAACUCCAUUAGCCACAUGUUAGUAAAAAGACAAAAUUAUACAGUGUUACAAUUACUACAUAAAACAUAUACAUUCAACAUAUCCCCAGAUAGCUUAGAUCUGAGCGCACAUUAUUACCGAAUGGCGCUCAGAUCACAUACAUACAGUUCAAUCGCCAUGGAGCCAAAGUCUUUCUCGGUAUACGAAUGGGCUCCAUGGCUUAGCUAUCUGGGGUAAGACUGCACACAUAGGGAAAAUAAAAGGUUUUUACUACAGGGCCAUAGUCCAGCGGCAAGAGGUGGGCAACCAGGCUCCCCAGUGGCCAGUGGUGAGGUUGGUUCCGCCACACUAGCCUUCAGAUAAGAAGUUUGAGAAGAAAUUGAAAAGGAAGCGCUACACAGUGCAGUGUUUAUGUGAUUUUUAUGCUGUAUUUUAUUGCCACCCAAACUGUCCCACUUUAGCAUACGAGACUAAGCAGUAUCAGCCUCUCUUUUUAAUAUUAUAUUUUUCCGUAGUAGUUUUUAUGGACAUAAUAUGUACUGUAUAUAAAUGGAGAAGUGUAUAAGCAAUGGAGAUAUGUAUCUGACAAAUUGUAUGUGUAUAUGGAGAUAAGCCAAUAGAGACAGCAAGAAAAUAGUGGAAACGGACAAUAAUACAAAUGGACGUUCUUUAUAAACUGUGAUUGAUUGCAUGACUCCUAAAUCGUAUUGCAUUUUUAACAUAAUUUGUUUUUAAGUAUAUAUUUGAUUUAACCCUUGCUAAUAAUUCUUGACGGACUUUUUUAGUGUUUUAAUCUGAUACUUUUAUCAGAUAACACAUAAUUGUGGUGCUGUCAUUCAUUUUUUUUUUUUUAAAUCUAGGUAUAUAUUUUUCACACUAAUGGGGCAAUGUUUUGUCAAAGCUGUUAUACUGGAGUAAGUUGUAUUUACAUAUAUUAGAUUUCGAUUUUAUAAUUUUAUAAUGUUUUUGAUUAUUUAUUUAACUGGAGUCAUAGGUGGGCAGGCAAGUGGGACAGCAGGCAAGAAUUGUGCAGGGCAAUCUAAUAUUUUUAUCUUUGCUUUUUUUAAAUAUGAUAUUUUAAUAUCAUAAAUUUAAAAUAAUUAUUUUAGAAAUGAAAAUUUUAAAAGUUUUUUUCACAUAAUAAUAAUUGAAAAGCUGAUCUAAAAAUAUUAAAUUGACAUGUGGGUCUGCAUUUUAAUGUGACUUUACAUCAUAUACUGGGUAUAUGUGACAUUAUUUAUUUAUUGUUUUUUUUACAGGUUCUUAUUACAGACCAUGACAAUGGAUGCCAAAUUGCCAGUGAUGUUCACAAGCUUGUGGAGAGUUACAAAAAUAUGUCCAUGUUCCAGUUAUCUUUGGGAAAAAAUUAUCAAGAAACCUCUGUUAUUUCCCAACCCGUAUGUCUCCAUCUUCCGAAGUAACCUUAAAGUGUGACAAAUCUUGUGCAACAUUAUCUGGUUUUGUGCAGCUAAUCAUGUUAAUCUUGUACAAACAUCAGUGUCUAGAAAUUUGUUCGAAAGUAUAUCAAAAAUACUAUUUUUUUUUUUCCGGUUUCUGCAAGCAGAAUGAAGGGUCAGUUGUGAAAAUAACAAUUGUUCUUUAUUUGUUGGCGGGUACUCUUACAUGAUUGUGUUUUCUGCCUAAUACACAUACUUGCAGUGUUUAAUACUUAUGGAUUCAUAAAAAACUGGAAAUGAUCUAUGAAAUAGUAGGGGAGAAAAAAUACACCAUUAUGUGGUCUUAGAGUUGAUUGGUAAAAGGUAUAUUUGCUCUAAAUUGCUUCCAUCGCUUCCAUCAGAUGUAUAUAUUAAUGGUUAUUUACAAAGAGAAAUUGAGGGUUGUACUUUUGAAAAUGGGGCAGUCCCAAAGAAAACUAGUGGGGUGUAACUCCUGACUGCUCCACAUUUAAAACUCACAAUUGCUUUAUAUAAAUAAGCAACCAUCAUUCUACUUAUUGAAUGUGGCAUGCAAUUACAGAUAUUUCCAGUAUAUAUUGUAUUCAUACCAGACUGAAUACAGCCAUUGAGAUAUAUUCGAUCUAGAAAACUCAAUAGUUAUUCGGUUGUAUUCUGUUGUUUUUAAACAGGCAAUGACUGUAUUACAUUUAACUGUCAAAUCUCAGUUUAUGACCGUAAGGAAAUCUCAUUCAUAUAUCCUCAGGAAACUGCUGCAAAAUGGACAAUGCAGUGUCAUGUUCAUCAUGAGUGAUAAUUCCUCAAAUGCCUAUAUCUAGUAUUAACAGUAAACUGCACAAUGUUUGCGAAAGUAUAUGAAAAGUGCCAUUUUAAAAUGUUUUUAUAUAUAUUUACUUUUGUUUGCUUAUUGAUUGGUCAGAUUUUUGUUUUUGUUGUUUUUUAAAAGAUAGCUGUAGAUUACCAUGUUUUCUUGUUUUUUUUUUUUUUUUCUUUUAUAUUUAUUGUUACAAUUAGAUUAGACAAACUGACCUUUAUUAAACUAACAUGUUAAACAGAGUUUGAUGCCAGGAAAGUGGACAACUGACUGCAAUACCCAAUCAUACCCCUGGGCCUCAGAAGGUUAAACUUGGCUAUUUUUUUUAGGAUUUUUAAUCAUUGCAAUUUAUUUUAUUUUUAAAAUGCUGCAACAUUUCCAUAUGGAGAUGAUUUACUUACCUUUUCUGCUAGGUUACUUUUUGAUGAGAACAGGCGAUCUCCGGAUCGCUUCACCCGUAGAAUUUAAUAAUUCUGACUUCCUAUAAUGCAAUUUGUAGUUCGUAAGGCCAUCCAGUCUAAUAGUUACCAAUAAAUGCUUCAGGGUUUGCUGUCUGUGACUACAGUAAAGCCCAUGCCUCCCAAAGUAAAUGGCAGAAUCCAUUUACUAAUUUUCCACUAGAAGAUUUUUGCUAUUUAAAUAUCUUUUUUUUUUUAAUCUAUGGUUUAAUUCAUUGCUGGAGAGCAAUGUUGUGUUUCCCCCUUUCCUGGUAUUUUAUGGCCCAAGUUCAGUUCUUAAUGUGGAAAUGGGUCACAAUUCAUCUGAUGCUUGCUGCACAAGUUAUGCAUUUAAUAUAGCUUACUAUAUGUGUAGAGGGCUACAGUAUAUGUUGACACAUUUUAAAUAAUACAUUGGAUCCAAAAAAAAGAAAAAAUAUAUAAAUAUUAAAAUAUAAAUAAGUACAACUUCUGUAGGGCGUGAUCUCAGGGCAAAAAAAAGCUUCGGAAUAGAACUGGUUAUUCACUAAAUCAGAAAUUUUCGAUAAUUGCCAAAGGAACUGCACAUUUUAUGGCAAAGUUGCUAAACUGGGAUACCUAGAAAGUGGUUAUUGUUUUCAGUUCAGCUGUUUUGCCUAAAAAUGUGUAAUUCAUUCAACGAUUCUGCGCAAUUCCUAAUUUAGUAAAUAACUCCAAACAUUGCCUGUUGUGUUAUGUUUCCAGAAUUCUCUGUUACAGAGAGCAGCCUAGAUAGUGUAGUUUAGAAGCUUUGUGUGAUUUCCCUUUUCAUACUGAAUCUUGGCAAAGUUUUGAAUGGAUAAUUUUGUAAUUCAUUUACAUUGGUUACAGCAAUGGUGUGAUUUAAACUUGGCUUCCACGCUGUGUGAAUUAUGAAAGAUUUCAUCUGCUAAAUGUAGGUCUGUCUUUAUGUUUAACUACACUGUGUAGGUAGCAGCUUGGGAAUAAGUACACAUUUUCAAAUGACUGUUUUUUUUAUUCAAUCUCAUUCACCAUCUGUACAUAUAAUUGCACCGAUAUUAUACCAUUGUGCCAAGUUAUUUACAUAGCAUUGACCUUUUUAUCUUUUAGUUAUUGUCCAGAUAAUGGUUUUAUUCAAAAGGCAUAUUUACCUUUUUUUUUUUUUUUAACUUAGAUGGGACCCUCUCUUUUGGAGGUGGGGAGAAUAGCAGAGCUUAGAGGACCACAAAUAUUGCCUAUCUUGUCUGUUUGCUACACUGCAUAUACACACAUGCUAUGUGCAAUACAAGACGAUGUGUACUCAAGUAGCAAACAGAAAGUGUCACUUUCUCCAUUUUUGUUAUUACACAGCAGGCUUACAAAUACAAAGUUACAGCCAUCUAUUUGCAUGUAAAUGUAUUCAAGGCUAUAGUUGUUGGAAUAAACCUCUUUUUUCAAGGACAUAAUAAUAAAUGAAGAAUUGAUCAGUGAGAAUUAUAAUCUUCAUUAUGGGAAAGCUUUGCUUGUUAAAACUGUAAAGCUAAAUCACCUUUCUCAGGGUAAAUCCAACAAACUAUUUAGAGAAAGCAAAAGGCAAUUAAAUAGACAAGACCGUGGUUUUAUGCGCAGGAUUGUGCUUUUCAUUAUGUAAUCCUUGCAAAUAAAUCUUAUUCUAUCACUCUGUAUUCUGUUGGGGGAAACAUAAUUCGCUGAUGUGAAGGGUGGCAAAUCAAUGGAAUCACUUUUGGAUCCCCUAAAGAGAAAUGGUUAUCUAGUGAGAGCUCAGUGUAAAAAAUAAUGAAAUGCUUCACUGCCUAACGCAAAGAGAGCACAAAUCAGAAAUGCCUAUAAUUUCUCAAUCAAUGCAGCACAUGAAAGAAAAUUGCAUCUUUAUAUUUUUUUUUACAUUUAUUUAUUAGUCAUCCAAUGCAGAGACCCAGUAAUGAUUUAUUUAUUAGUCAUAUAAUGCAGAGAUCAUAUAAUCAUUUAUCUAAAAGAUACAGAAACCAUUGUACGGGUUCAGAUAUUUUACUGUCGGAUAAGAGGAGUUUCGUGCCAAAACUGCACAACAUGUUAAAUAGCACAGUUUUACUAAACCGUAUAAGGACUAAUGUGGGUAACCUUGUUAAUCAGCAGCAGUGUAGUUGUCUGCAUUUAAAGACAAUCCUUGUUCAUGGCCUAUUGUGAUUUUAAGCUGUAUGCAGUAUGUGUUUAUAUAAAAUGGUGUACAUACACUGGUAAAAUGAAACAAAAAAGUGUAAUAUUUCUUCCCUUGUUUUAUAAAGAGAAACUAUAUUUUAUAUUUAAUUUAGCAGUGCCUCUAGCUUCAAAUAAAACCGCUAUAAAAUGAAUCUAUUUUUCUCCUUAUCUGACAAAAUUGGCUUCCAAAAUAAGCCUCCCAUAUUCUGGCAUAAGCAGAGUGCAUCUUAGGAAUUGUGUGUAGGUAUGUUUGCAUGCCUUGAAUGUAUUUCAUGCCCUCUAUUACUAACACAGAAAAUUUGGAGGGGGUAAAUUUAAUUUUUAAUAGUUUUUAUGCAUAGAGUUAUUCCGUUAUCUUGUAUUGAUGGAGAAGCUAGCAACAGCAAAUGCCUUCCAAUAAGCAUUCGAAGUUAGUUCAACUCCUCUGAAUUAUCAUUCAAUGUCAGAUUUACAUAGAAUGCCCAUAACCUGAUCUAUGUCUUCUAAUUGUGUGUGUGUGUGUGUUUAUAUAGCACAUUUUUUGGUUGUUGUCCAUUAUUUGCAUUCUUACUUUUGGUAUGAUAACAGCCCAUUGCUGUUGAAAAUGCUUUAAAUUAAAUAUUUUAUAUUUAGCAGGGUUGUUCACUAAAUACAGAAUAUUAUCAAAUUAGGCGUUGAUUUAAUAUUGUUGGAUACACAUUUCAAAUGAUUUAGAACAGUGGUUCCCAACCCACUCCUCAAGUACCCCCUAACAAUCCAAGAUUUAUGGAUUAUCCAGAGAGAGAGAAAAAAACCUUUAGACACAACAGGUUAAUCCCUAAUUCCUGGACUGGUAGGGGGUACGUGAGGACUGUGUUGGGAACCCCUGAUUUAGAUUAUUUAUUAUAGUGAGAAUUCAAAGUGAAUUUCAAAUUUAAUUCUGGAGAGCCGUGAUGUGUUUGUAUAUUUUAAUCUUAAAUUUAAAAGUCACUUUGAAAUCACUUUUAAUUCUCACUUUAGUGAAUAACCGUGUGAAUGUUUUUGGAAAUAUUUUUCAAAUAUUUCGUUUUAAUAUUGU